UUCUCUACCCCUGUCAAGAUGGCGGCGGGCGCGGGGAGCGGAAGUGGUUCCGGCGCGGCCGGAGCGGCCUCGGUAGCCUCGCUCUGGAGCGAAGUAAAUCGCUGCGGCCAGAACGGGGACUUCGGGCGCGCGCUGAAGUCCGUCAAUAAAAUACUACAAAUCAGUAAGGAAGAUGUGACAGCUUUACACUGCAAAGUGGUAUGUCUUAUACAAAAUGGAAGCUUUAAAGAAGCCUUGAGUGUGAUUCAUACUCAUGUCAAAGUAUUAACUAGUGACUCGAUAGCUUUUGAGAAGGCUUAUUGUGAAUACAGGUUGAACAGGAUUGAAAAUGCUCUGAAGACCAUUGAGGGAGCCAGCCAGCAGACAAACAAACUAAAGGAGCUCUAUGGACAAGUGUUGUACAGAUUAGAGCGUUAUGAUGACUGCUUGGCUGUGUAUCGGGAUCUUAUCCGUAAUUCACAGGAUGACUAUGAAGAAGAACGGAAAACCAAUCUUUCUGCAGUAGUUGGUGCACAGAGCACCUGGGAGAAAGUGAUGCCAGAAGAUCUGGGCCUUAAGGAAGCUACCUAUGAGCUGUGUUACAAUGCUGCCUGUGCUUUGAUUGGGCAAGGCAGGUUGAAUGAGGCAAUGAAAACACUACAGAAAGCUGAAGAUUUGUGUCGCCAGUCCCUCUCUGAAGACUCGGAUGUGACCGAAGAAGACAUUGAGGCAGAAUUGGCCAUUAUUCAUGGUCAAAUGGCUUACAUUUUGCAACUCCAGGGUCAUACCGAGGAAGCACUGCAACUUUACAAUCAGAUAAUCAAACUAAAACCCACAGAUGUAGGAUUACUUGCUGUCAUUGCCAAUAACAUCAUCACUAUUAACAAGGAUCAAAAUGUCUUCGAUUCAAAAAAAAAAGUGAAACUGACCAAUGCAGAAGGUGUUGAACAUAAACUAUCCAAGAAACAACUCCAAGCAAUAGAAUUCAACAAAGCUUUGUUGGCCAUGUAUACAAAUCAGGCAGAUCAAUGCCGCAAACUGGCAUCAGGUUUACAGUCACAAAGCCCUGAACACCUCCUUCCUGUUUUAAUCCAUGCAGCUCAGUUGUGUCGAGAGAAACAACACACUAAGGCAAUAGAGCUCCUCCAGGAGUUUGCAGAUCAGCAUCCUGAGAAAGCAUCUGAGAUUAAAUUGACCAUGGCACAAUUAAAAGUUGCUCAAGGCAGUGUCACAAAAGCAUGCAUCAUCCUAAGGACUAUAGAUGAGCUAAGGCAUAAACCUGGCAUGGUAUCAGCAUUGGUGACAAUGUAUAGCCAUGAAGAAGAUAUUGACAGUGCCAUAGAAGUCUUGGCACAAACUAUUGAAUGGUAUCAAGAAUUCCAGCCCAAGUCUCCAGUACUUUUGUCACUAAUAAGAGAAGCUGCUAACUUCAAGCUGAAGCAUGGCCGAAAGAAGGAAGCCAUCAGUGACCUCGAGGAACUGUGGAAACAAAAUCCAGAUGAUGUCCAUACCUUGGCUCAGCUUAUCUCUGCCUACUCAUUGGUUGAUGCUGAAAAAGCCAAAAUUCUUAGCAAACACUUGCCUUCUUCAGACACAAUGUCUUUGAAAGUAGAUGUAGAUGCGCUGGAAAACUCUCCUGGAGCAACAUACAUUCGGAAAAAAGGCGGGAAACCCACAACCGAAAAUCAGCAAAAAGAACAAGGACAAGGGGAUGUUAAGAAAAAGAGGAAGAAGAAGAAGGGAAAACUGCCAAAGAAUUAUGAUCCUAAAAUGACACCAGAUCCUGAACGGUGGCUUCCAAUGCGAGAACGCACUUAUUAUCGUGGGAGAAAGAAAGGCAAGAAGAAGGACCAAAUUGGGAAAGGAACUCAGGGAGCAAUGACGGCAGCUUCCUCCGAAUUGGAUGCUAGUAAAACUGCUAGUAGCCCACCUACAUCCCCACGGCCUGGCACUAUAACAGCCAUUCCAUCGGCAUCAACAAGCAACAUGAUACCACCCAGGCACCAAAAGCCUCCUGGUGCAGCAGCAACAAAGAAGAAACAGCAACAGAAAAAAAAGAAAGGUGGGAAGGGAGGCUGGUGAUCAGGACAAGCAGCUGAAAUUGCUAUAUAUUUUUUCUUAUUAUGAAAACUACGAGUAUAAUAAAGGUCAAACAAAAACAAUAUGAAUUUUUCAAAAUUGUGUUUGGUCUUUAUAAUUUUUACCAGAGAAAGCUUGUUUUUUGUUUUUGUAUUAGAAUCCAUUGCUGUGUUAACGGCAUUUCAAGAAGGCAUUUAAUUAAAUGAAGGCUGAAUAGCAAUCCUAAGAAGGGAAUUAAGUUCUGAUUAUUUUUUUUACUUGAAAAUGUUUUAAAAAUAAUCUCUUUAGCUGGUUUUUGUGCAAGUUCAUUGUCUAGUAGCAACAAGCAUAGAUUGUUGGAAACCUACAUUUAUGGCACUGAAUGAGAAAUAAGAAAGCCGAGGAUUCAUACUGAGAUUCCAUUCUUUUCUAUGGCUUGAGUUUUGUUUUGAUUAUAUCUUUGACAUUUUGCAAGUUUUAUUUCAGUAAAUGCACCCAAUUUAGAAUAUUCUAAUAAAAUGUUUAGAUUAGGACUGUUCUGUUCCUUGUACAAAACAAAACUUUUUUGUGCACUCUCCUAAUUUUUGUUAAUAUUUUAUUUUUCCAUUUUGUUAUAUAGUAACACAGAGUAGACUUAGAAAAAAAUGUGUUCCUGCUUUUCUGUUUUGCUAAGAUUACAUUGUUAAAUAUAUUUACCUACAAACGAUUCCACUUCUGAAUGUACAUUUAUAAAAUGUUAGCAUUCAUCCACUAAAGCAUUUGUUGAUCUAC